AUGAAUGCUGCGAGAAAUCCAGCACUCCGCACCCUAGUACCCCUGUGGAAUGAACUAUUUGUUAGCGAUCUGGAGCGUGAACAUAUCCUCAAUGCGUUGAGAACACACAGUUACGCUUUACCGACCUAUAUUGAGGGACUUGAAACUCUUGUUAAGCUCAAGCACGAGUACAUAUCCGUCUCCAACAAGCAUAGGCUACUCUAUGAGUAUCUCUCCACCACUUCUUGUAGCCCCCAGAGCUCAUCUAACACUCUCUUAGCUAUUGCGCAAUUUCGCUACUACACUCUAGCCACUAUCUCCCUUACCGCGGCAGCACGCUCGAUAAUAGGCCUCCCCGUGACUCUACCCUCCUUUAAAAUCCUACCAAUGGACGCUGGCAACUGGCUGACCCUGAUUAGAUCCAUGUAUGUGUUCACUCUAGACAGAACAGCGUCCUGUUUGAGUAUGAUAGAAGUUCCAGAACAGAAAACGGCAGAAGUAGCAGAGAACGCCUUCUCGAAUGCCAAAAAUCGGCUCCUGAACUGGAUUGUUGAUCUAUUGGAUCCACAGAAUCGGUCCGAAGGGAGCACUAAAUUGCGCCGUCAGAUGGAGGCCUUCUUUCCGGAUGGAUCGUUCCUGCCUAAGAUGCUAUUUGACCCAGAUGUGUCAUUCCUUGGCCCGUCGCUUUUCAUCGACAUCAAUUUCCGCAUGCUGUUGGGGAUAUCCUUCGACGAUAAGCCACAUCCUGACGAUGCCAUUGUAAAGCUGAGGCGCUACAUAAAUGGGCAGCGCCUGAACGACGCUUAUUACUGCGGAAUCUCCGCUAAAAUCAUGACUCCUGAAGAGGCGUUCAACUAUGCUAUUGGAGAAGAACAGCGGGUACAAGCAGCACACGCAAUGAUAGAGCAAGCAGCUCUCUACAAGCAAUCCCCCGUAUUAUUGCCAAUUCAGCGUGACUCCAAGAGACGAGAAACAUACAGUAUAUCGACCAACAAAACGGUCAAAUAG